GAUCAUAUUUUAUUCUGUUGUGCAGCUGUAGAGAAAAAAAAAAUACUAAUUACGAUAAUCCGUGCUCGAAACGUAGUGUUAUCUCGUCGAAAGUAAACAGCUAAACAGCAGUCAGAAAUAAUAGUCGUCAUUUCGUCAAUCGUUGAACUAUUGAAAUAUUCCUACCUAUAAAUUAUAAAAUUGACUUUCAUCGGCGGCCAUCAGCAAAACGGCAUUCACCGAUCGUACGAAACGACGAAACUUGACGGAUACGAUUCCAGUUUUAUUUUUUUUCAUACUGCAAUAAUGUCAUCUAAUGUGGGCGAUGGAGUGCCGGAUAGCGUGGAUGGACUGUAUGACGUUUACAGCGUGAGCUUUUGGCUAAAGGUGUUGUUAAACGGUAGUCUGGUUGCUAUUAUUACGUUUCUGUUGAUGAAAAUAUUCAUGAAACGCAAUGAGCCUGAAGUCGAAGAACAAGAUGAUGUGGUGCUACCAAAAAUGAAGAAGAGAGAUUUCACCAUCCAAGAGCUUCGUGAAUUUGACGGCACAAAAGGUGACGGCCGCAUUUUGGUAGCAAUUAACGGCAAAGUAUUUGACGUUACUAAAGGAAAACAUUUCUACGGACCUGGUGGUGUUUACUCAACAUUUGGUGGACGUGAUGCUUCUCGUGGUUUAGCUACAUUUUCAGUAAGUGGUAAAGAUGAAUACGAUGACCUAAGUGAUUUGAAUUCAUUAGAGAUUGAGUCUAUGUUGGAAUGGGAAAAUCAAUUUAUGGAAAAAUAUGAUUAUGUUGGACGUUUAUUGAAACCUGGAGAAUCUCACAGUUACUAUACAGAUGAAGAAGAAACACCUACCAAUAAACUCCAUCUGGAAAAUCCAAAACAAUGUGAAACUGAAAAACCUAAAAACUAUGCUGGAAGUGAUUCUACAAGUAUAAAUGAAUUACCAAAAACUGAAAUUAAAGAUAACAAUAAGGAAACCGUGGACAACAGCAGUGGUGGUCUAUCUUCGGAUACUAUUGAUGAGAAACCCAAGAAAGAUGAAAUUCAUACGUUGGAAAAAUAGUACAAAUCAUUUAAAUGAACAUCGGUAUUUAUUUUCAACUAAGGGGGACUAAGAACGGUUACAUCCGUAACGGUGAUGGGAUUCAUUAUAUACUGUAAGGGUGUUAAAGAUUUUGUUUUUGUACUUAAUAAUAUGACUGAAAUCAACAAUUUUAUUAUUAUUGGAUUUUAAUUAUUUUCUUUUUUGUCUUCAUUAUUUGAACUAAAAUGAAGAUCAAAAUAUUUUUUUUUAAGUUCCAAAUAAUCAGUUUUAGUGUUAAAACAUUUUGAAUGAAGAAUAAUCUAGUUUUGUUCCUUUAUUCGAUUAUUGUUAAAUAAAGUCGAAAGAAUUACA